AUGGCACAGCCGGCUGGCGACCCCCUCGCGGGGAACACGCGCUACCGCAAGAUCAAGGACAUUAACAAGGGCAGCUUUGGCUUUGUGGUGCUGGCUGAGAAUCUGGAGACGCGGGAGCAGGUGGCCAUCAAGUUCACGCGCGUCGACUCGGAGCAGGACGUGAAGCACGCGCACCGCGAGAUCAUGAACCACCAGCGCCUGCUGCACCCGCACGUGGUGCAGCUCAAGGAGGUGUUUGCCGCCAAGCCCUUCCUGGCGUUGGUCAUGGAGUUUGUGCCCAACGGCGACAUGUUCCAGUACGCCGACGACGAGGUGCGGGCGGUGGUGCACGAUGUCUAUGUGUCUGGCAAGAGCGCGCGGCACGGGGAGGCGGGGGGCGUGGACGGCAGCGUGGAUGUGGAUGACUACAUGACCAGCCAGGACCUGAAGGACCAGUGA